UACACUAGUCUCAUCUCUCUCUGGUACUGAAAGAAUGACGUCACUAGGUACCGUGAUUGGUUGGAUUUGAAAAAAUACUACCCGCCAGAAGUGGAAGUUACAGAAAAUGAGCGAGUAACUAAAGUGGGGCAAGGGGCUGAAAAGGAUAAAGGAAUUGGUAUCGUGGAAUUUAGUUUGAACUAACAUCGAGUGGAGGCGGACUGGUAAACAGCUGAUAUGAAGACUGCCCGAACAAAGACCCCAAGGAGGCCCCCGCCAAAGAAACCAUCCAACACUAGCCAGAAGGAUCCAGUUGGGGUUUACUGCAGAGUGCGUCCCCUCAUUCCCCCAGACCAAGAGUGCUGCAUUGAAGUGAUUAAUGAGACAACCGUGCAGCUACACCCUCCUGAUGGGUGUAAAGUUAAUCGAAAUGGGGAAUACAAGGAGACUCAGUAUUCUUUCAAACAAGUGUUUGGAACUCUGGUGACUCAAAAAGAGCUGUUUGACGUUGUUGCCAAGCCUUUAGUAGAAGAUUUAAUCCGUGGCAAAAAUGGGCUUCUGUUCACAUAUGGAGUGACUGGAAGUGGCAAAACUCACACCAUGACUGGAUCCCCAGGGGAAGGAGGACUCUUACCACGAUGUUUAGAUAUGAUCUUUAACAGCAUUGGAGGUUUUCAAGCCAAGAGAUAUGUUUUUAAAAUGGAUGAUAAGAACGGUAUGGAUGUGCAGAAUGAGGUGGAUGCCCUUUUGGAGAGGCAGAAGAGAGAGGUCCAACCUCAGGUGAUAUCCAGGACCCCUUUGAGCAGGCAAAAAAUAGAGCCGGAGUUUGCAGAUAUGAUAAAUAUUCAGGACCACUGCAAGGUGGAGGAGGUGGAUGAGGAUAGUGUAUACAGCGUCUUUGUGUCUUACAUUGAGAUUUACAACAACUAUAUCUAUGAUCUCCUAGAAGAAGUCUCUAUGGAUCCCAUCAAACCAAAGUGGAACACGCCCGGAAGGAAUACAGAGUUUAUACCUCCACAAUCCAAAAUAUUACGGGAAGACCAGAACCACAACAUGUAUAUUGCGGGAUGCACAGAAGUGGAGGUCAAAUCUACUGAAGAGGCCUUUGAUGUCUUCUGGAAAGGCCAAAAAAGGAGGAGGAUAGCAAACACAACGCUGAACAGAGAAUCCAGUCGCUCACACAGUGUUUUUAUGAUUAAGUUGGCGCAGGCCCCGCUUGAUGCUGAUGGAGAUAAUGUACUUCAGGAGCGGGAGCAAAUCACAGUUAGCCAGCUAUCCCUUGUAGAUCUGGCUGGAAGUGAAAGGACGAAUCGCACAAAGGCUGAGGGUAACAGGCUGCGUGAAGCAGGGAACAUCAACCAAUCCUUGAUGACAUUAAGAACAUGCAUAGAAGUUCUACGAGAGAAUCAGCUCUAUGGAACAAACAAGAUGGUCCCCUACAGAGACUCAAAGUUAACUCACCUUUUCAAGAACUACUUUGAUGGUGAAGGCAAAGUUCGCAUGAUAGUAUGCGUCAAUCCCAAGGCUGAUGACCAUGAGGAGAGUUUGCAAGUGAUGCGAUUUGCAGAGAUGACACAAGAGGUCGAAGUUGCCAGACCUAUAGAUAAGCCAAUCUGUGGACUUACACCAGGAAGGCGAUACAGGAACCAUGCAUUCAAAGAAGAGCUUACCCGCAGGUUGGAGGAGCGCGGUGGGCAGAUUAAUGGAGUAGAGUCUGAGGAGCAAUCCGUUGUAGAUGUACUGAUUCAAAGCUUCCCACCACUUCCCACUUGUGAGCUGCUAGAUGUUAAUGAUGAUCAAACUCUCCCACAUAUUAUUGAAGUCCUGGAAAAACGGCGACGUAUCCGACAAAUGAUAUCGGACGAGUUCAACAAAAAUGUCUUCUCCUUCAGGUCUAUGCUUCAGGAUUAUGAUGGUGCUUUUACUGCCAAGGAAAAUUUCAUCCAUGGCAAAAUGUCAGAGAAGGACAAGAUUAUAAUGUCAUAUAAAGCUGAGGUAGAAAGACUGGAGAAAAAAAUAAAAACUCUGGAAUACAAGAUAGAUGUUCUUGAGAAAACGACAACAAUCUAUGAGGAUGAUAAACGCUCCUUGCAGCAUGAGCUUGAAAACCAAAACCAGAAGCUACAUAGACAGUUGUCUGACAAGAGAAGACUGGAAGCUCGUAUUCAGGGAAUGGUUACAGAAAAUGCCAUGAAAUGGGAAAAGGAAUGCGAGCGGCGAGUGGCAGCCAAACAGCUAGAGAUGCAAAACAAACUUUGGGUUAAAGACGAGAAACUAAAACAGCUGAAAGCCAUAGUUACUGAAACAAAAGGAGAGAAGCCAGAGCGGCCGACCCGUGAGAAGGAUCGGGAGCGAGAACCAAGAGUACCAACCAGAUCAAUUUCCCCAUCACCUGUCCCUUUCCUCGGUAACCCUAUUCCACAGUCCCAGCAGCCCUCUUCUGCUCAGCUGCAGCUGCACAGGCGCUCAAACUCCUGCAGCAGCAUUUCAGUGGCUUCGUGUGUCUCACAAUGGGAGCAGAAAACUCCACAGCACAACCCUCAGAGCAAGGUGUGCUCCAGAUACAGGCAAUGGGAACCCAGGGCAGAUAGCAUGUGUAACCCAACAGAGAACAGGCCAGCACAUAGUGUUACCGGAGAACAGGCAGAGCUAGAAGAAGCACAGUAUUACAGGAACAUUCCCCCAGUGCACGGCAGACACCGUCGUUCACGCUCGGCGGGGGCGGAGAGAUGGGUAGAUCAUAAGCCGCCCAGUACUGUGGAGACAGAGACUGUCAUGCAACCCCAUGUUCCAAACGGCAUCAAAGUCUCCGUUGCCAGCGAAAAGGCGCUGGCAAAGUGUGACAAGUACAUGUUGACACACCAGCAACUAGCAUCUGAUGGGGAGCUUGAAACUAAACUGAUUAAGGGGGAUGUGUACCGAACACGAGGCGGGGGACAGUCCGUCCACUUCACAGAUAUUGAAACCCUCAGACAAGAAUCUCCACCUGGCUGCAGCAGCCGCAAGCGCAGAUCCUCCCCCUCUAACCAACCUCCACAGGGUGAGACAACUGAAUCUGAAUGGACUGAUGUAGAAACCAGGUGUUCUGUUGCUGUUGAGAUGCGAGCUGGAUCUAAUCUUGGGCCGGGAUACCAGCACCACGCCUUACCAAAGCGCAAAAAACCUUGAUCUGUCUCAAGCUGAGGCCUCUAUCCUUUGAAGCCUUUGGAUAGUGGAUACUGAAGAACAUAAUUUGGUUAUCCUACACUUCCAGGCUGUGCUUGGGACAUUUUCAUUUUCCUCUGUCUCCCCACUUUACCUGUAUUUAAUGCUGGAUGUACUUUCUGCACAGUGUUGCUUCUGUGUAGAUUUUAUACAAUCAUUCAUGAAGGCCCAGUUGUUCCUUAAAUCUGUCUGCGGAUUAUGUUUUAUUUUAUGUAUUACUAGUUAUGGACUGCUGCUAAACGGUUAGUAUCAAGAAUGCACUUUACCAAAGACUUCAUCUGCCGCUACACUAGGUUUGGGUGAAGCUGUACAGGACAUAUCACAAACCCACAAAUGUAGAUUUUCUCACAGAUUUUUGUAUACAAAUGUAGAUAGUCAUCUAGCCAUUUGUUAAUAAACUUUACAGAGCCUUCAUGAAAAUGUUUGAAACAGGCUUAUUACAGUACUUUUUAUAAUAGGAGUUUUAAUGCUAAUGCCUUAUGUCUUCCUAGUCUAUUGUGGUUUAUGUUGAAGUCUUUUUCUAUCCUUUGCUUGAUGCAGCUCUAAAAUAGUGGUUUAUUGGAUCCUGAGUAGCCUGGCCACUUAGGAAUAUUUCAAUUCACUUUUGUUUUUCCUAACUUGUUGGAAACUUCCAUGAAAAUGGGGCAGACUACUGAUUUAGUGACUUCAAAACAAUCUAAUACUGGCUAGGAGGGGCACCUUCAUAUUAGUGCAAACUAUUGUGUUUGGUUGUUGGCCCUUUAGUAAAGGAAACUCAUUUGCAAGCAAUAUCUCUAAUGAAUCUGGAUCUAUAAAAAAUAUAUGGGCUGUUUGAGACAGAUGUUUUUGUAUCAUGCUUAAGAUUUUAAUUUAACAGUCCAUACUUUUUUUAUAUAUAUAGAUAUAUACAUACUCAGAUUCAUCAAAGAUAUUACCUGCAAAUUUUUUUUUUUCCUUCUAGAAAUUAUAGUAGAAAUUCCAAAAUUCCGGAAUACAGACUGUUAUAAUAUACAGUUUGGCUAAAACAGGCGGUUAAUUGAUGUGUAAGGGAGGGUGUCUUACGCCACAUUUUUAAGCACACUGUAUGUACAAAUAAAUGUUAUUCACUGCUGAACAAAGCAAAUUUUAAUUAGUGAUAAUAUAGCCUAUGUGUAGUAUAUACUCAUUAUUUAUUUUGUUUCCUGUAAAAUUUAUAUGAAAAUUGUACUUCUGCUUUCCCUAGAUAGGCUGGAACUCAGCUACUGUAUUUAAGUAGGCUGCCAAAGCCUGUCGUAUCUACAUAUAUACACAGUGAUUGCUUAGAGCAGUAAUAGCCCUUUAAUAUGUCUAGGAUGAUAAAAUAAACAUGGUCAACAGGGUAUUUUAGUGUUUUUGUUUUGUUUUUACAAAAUCUUGCACAAAUCACCAUUUUAAAUGUUUUUAAAAUAUAUUUUUAUGUACAUCUUUUUACAAUGUGAUGCUUUAUAUAUAUAUAUAUAUAUAUAUAUAUAUAUAUAUAUAUAUAUAUAUAUAUAUAUAUUAAAGUUAUACAUGAAAGUGAUGGUAAAUGACAGCAUUCUAUUUUAGUACAUUAUAAACAAAUGGGUAAUGUGUUAUUUGUACCAUAUCAUAAUGGAAUCUGCCGUACUUACAUCACACUUAACUUUGUUUUUACCCAUUAAAUCCUCUCUGCAAUAUAGUGUGUGUGUCCCCCAACACUGAGAAGCAGCCAAUGGAAGAGGCACAGAGCGCUGCCAUAGUAAUACUUAGGGCAAGAUUUAUCAAUUUGCAAGCAGACAGGAUUCAAUUGGAAGGGAAUUUGUUCCCUUGUGUAAUACCGCCCCCUACCCAACCAAUUGCUUGAGUGUAGGGCUUGUCAAUCAUUACAGUCAAAUGAACUCCAGUUUCCCAGAGGAGGUUUAUGAAGCAAUGUUUUAAACCGCUGCUUCAUAAUUAUCAGUUAUUAUAAAAUGUUUUCUUUCUAAUGACACAGUGAGUCGACGGAUCAUCUCUUACUAUUGGGAAUAUCACUCCUGGCCAGCAGGAGGAACCAAAGAGCACCACAGCAAAGCUGUUAUGUAUCACCCCCCUUCCCUCCAACCCCAGUCAUUCUCUUUGCCUAUGUUAAAAGCAAGGAGGUGGUAAAGUUUAGGUGUCUGAAAGAAGAUUCUUCAAUCAAGAUUUUAUUAUUUUACAGCAGAGUAAGUUUGUUCUGCUCCUUCCUCGGGUUUAGCCGUAGCCCAUGUCGGUCUCUUCAGUAGAGCAGUGGUGGCUUUUAAGCAAUUGAGAACUUGGGUAUAAUCCUCACUGUGCCUCUCAUAGUGGUUGCUGCCCUAACUUAAGACUGAGUAAUAUUAGUCAGUCUUUCUUUUUCUCUUGUAAGAUGUAUCGAGUCCACGGAUUCAUCCAUACUUGUGGGAUAUUCUCCUUCCCUACAGGAAGUGGCAGAGAGAGCACCCACAGCAGAGCUGUCUAUAUAGCUCCUCCCUUAGCUCCACCCCCUAGUCAUUCUCUCUGCCUGCUUAACUGCUAGGAAGGGCAAAGUGAGUGUGGUGACAAAAGACCCUUUUCGGGCCUGCACUGAAAGAAAUUAUUUCAGACAUCACUGGAGGGAAAGGCCAUGCCCUCCCUCAGGAUAAAACAAAUAAGAUGAGGACCAAACAAAAUAAUUUUCGUUCCUUUCGGAACUUCAAGGGUGGUCCCGCUUCAGCUUCCCCUGCAGAAAGCAAGAGGGGAAUUCUGUCCAAUCCAAGUCAGUCUGGAGACCUAACCAGGCUUGGAACAAAGGUAAACAGGCCAAGAAGCCUGCUGCUGUCUCUCGAAGACAGCAUGAAGGGGUAGCCCCCGAUCCAGGACCGGAUCUAGUAGGGGGCAGACUCUCUCUCUUUGCUCAGGCAAGAGAUGUUCACGAUUCCUGGGCUUUAGAAAUUGUGUGCCAUGGAUAUCUUCUGGACUUCAAAGACUCCCCCUAAGGGGGAGAUUUCACAUUUCUCAAUUGUCUGCAAACCAGACAAAGAGAGAGGCGUUCUUAUGCUGUGUAGAAGACCUACAUACCAUGGGAGUGAUUCGCCCAGUUCCAAAAGCGGAACAAGGGCUAGGUUUUUACUCCAACCUGUUUGUGGUUCCCAAAAAAAGAGGGAACUUUCAGACCAAUCUUGGAUCUCAAAAUUCUAAACAAAUUCCUCAGAGUACCAUCUUUCAAGAUGAAGACUAUUCGGACUAUUCUUCCUCUGAUCCAGGAGGGUCAAUAUAUGACUACCGUGGACUUAAAGGAUGCGUAUCUACACAUCCCUAUUCACAGAGAUCAUCAUCAAUUCCUCAGAUUCGCCUUUCUGGACAGGCAUUACUAGUUUGUGGCCCUUCCCUUCGGGUUGGCCACGGCUCCCAGAAUUUUCAAAAAGGUGCUAGGGUCCCUUUUGGCGGUUCUAAGACCGCGGGGGGGGGUAGCAGUGGCGCCUUAUCUAGACGACAUCUUAAUUCAGGCGUCGACUUUCCAGCUAGCCAAGUCUCACACGGACAUCGUGUUGGCUUUUCUGAGAUCUCACGGGUGGAAGGUGAACAUAAAGAGUUCUCUCAUCCCUCUCACAAGAGUUUCCUUCCUAGGGACUCUGAUAGACUCGGUAGAAAUGAAAAUAUUUCUGACAUAGGUCAGAAAAUCAAAACUUUUAAUCACUAGCCGAGCUCUUCAUUCCAUUCCUCGGCCAUCAGUGGCUCAGUGUAUGGAGGUAAUCAGACAUAUGGUAGCGGCAAUGGACAUAGUUCCUUAUGCCCGUCUACACCUCAGACCACUGCAACUAUGCAUGCUCAAACAGAUGCCAGCCUGCUAGGCUGGGGUACAGUCUGGAAAUCCCUGAAAGUACAGGGCUUAUGGUCUCGGGAGGAAUCUCUCCUCCCGAUAGACAUUCUAGUACUGAGAGCGAUAUUCAAUGCGCUUCAGGCGUGACCUCAGCUAGCUGCGGACAAAUUCAUCAGAUUUCAGUCGGACAACAUCAUGACUGUAGCCUAUAUCAAUCAUCAAGGAGGGAACACAGAGUUCUCUAGUGAUGAUGGUGGUAACCAAAAUUAUCCGAUGGGCGGAGGAUCACUCUUGCCAUCUCUCAUGAAUCCAUAUCCCAGGGGUAGAGAACUGGGAGGCGGAUUUCCUAAGUCGUCAGACUUUUCAUCCGGGGGAGUGGGAGCUCCAUCCGGAGGUAUUUGCCCAGCUGACUCUGCUAUGGGGCACACCAGAAUUAGAUCUGAUGGCGUCCCAACAGAACGCCAAACUUCCGCGUUAUGGGUCCAGGUCCCGGGAUCCCCAGGCGGUACUGAUAGAUGCUCUAGCAGUGCCCUGGUCCUUCAAUCUGGCUUAUGUAUUUCCACCGUUUCCUCUCCUCCCACGUCUGGUUGCCAGAAUCAAGCAGGAGAGAGCUUCUGUGAUUCUGAUAACGCCUGCGUGGCCACGCAGUACUUGGUAUGCAGACCUGGUGGACAUGUCAUCUGUUCCACUGUGGACUCUACCAAUGAGGCAGGACCUUCUAAUCCAAGGUCCGUUCAAGCAUCCAAAUCUAAUUUCUCUGCGUCUGACUGAUUGGAGAUUGAACGCCUGAUUCUAUCAAAGUGUGGUUUCUCUGAGUCGGUCAUUGAUACCCUGAUUCAGGCUAGAAAGCCUGUCACCAUGGAAGUCUAUCAUUAGAUUUGGUGCAAAUAUCUUUGUUGGUGUGAAUCCAAGGGUUACUCAUGGAGUAAGAUUAGGAUUCCUAGAAUUAUGUCUUUUCUUCAAGAAGGAUUGGAGAAGGGAUUAUCAGCUAGUUCCUUAAAAGGACAAAUAUCUGCUUUGUCUAUUCUUUAACACAAACGUCUGGCAGAUGUCCCAGACGUUCAAGCGUUUAGUCAGGCCUUGGUCAGGAUCAAGCCUGUAUUUAAACCUGUUGCUCCGCCAUGGAGCCUAAACUUGGUUCUUAAAGUUCUUCAAGGGGUUCCGUUUGAACCUAUGCAUUCCAUAGAUAUUAAGCUUCUAUCUUGGAAAGUUUUGUUUUUAGUAGCUAUCUCUUCGGCUCGAACUGUUUCUGAGUUAUCUGCUUUACAGUGUGACUCACCUUAUCUUAUUUUCCAUGCAGAUAAGGUGGUUUUACGUACCAAACCUGGAUUCCUUCCUAAGGUUGUUUCUAAUAGGAAUAUCAGGAAAUUGUUGUUCCUUAGCUGUGUCCUAAUCCGUCUUCAAAGAAGGAACGUCUGUUGCACAAUCUUGAUGUGGUUCGUGCUUUAAAGUCCUACUUACAAGCAACCAAAGAUUUCCGUCAAACAUCUUCAUUGUUUGUUGUCUAUUCUGGUAAGCGGAGAGGUCAAAAGGCUACGGCUACCUUUUUUGCUGCAAAGCAUCAUCCGUAUGGCUUAUGAGACUGCUGGCCAGCAGCCUCCUGAAAGAAUUACUGCUCAUUCUACUAGAGCAGUGGCUUCCACAUGGGCUUUUAAAAAUGAGGCUUCUGUUGAAUAGAUUUGUAAGGCGGCGACUUGGUCUUCACUUCAUACUUUUUCCAAAUUUUACAAAUUUGAUUCUUUUGCUUCUUCGGAGGCUAUUUUUGGGAGAAAGGUUCUACAAGCAGUGGUGCCUUCCGUUUAAGGAACCUGUCUUGUCCCUCCCUUCAUCUGUGUCCUAAAGCUUUGGUAUUGGUAUCCCACAAGUAUGGAUGAAUCCGUGGACUCGAUGCAUCUUACAAGAGAAAACAGAAUUUAUGCUUAACUGAUAAAUUUCUUUCUCUUGUUAUGUAUCGAGUCCACGGCCCGCCCUGUCUAUUUAAGACAGGUAGUAUAUUUUUAUUUAAAAUACUUCAGUCACCACUGCACCCUAUAGUUUCUCCUUUUUCUUCCUAGCCUUCGGUCGAAUGACUGGGGGGAGCUAUAUAGACAGCUCUGCUGUGGGUGCUCUCUCUGCCACUUCCUGUAGGGAAGGAGAAUAUCCCACAAGUAUGGAUGAAUCCGUGGACUCGAUACAUCACAAGAGAGAAAUUUAUCAGGUAAGCAUAAAUUCUGUUUUUUCCACAGGUCCAUGUGACGGAGAAUUCCUCUCAAACCUAGUGAGCUGCCCUGCUGCCAGGCAGAUUACAUUGAGAUAAGUGCUAAAUUUAUUUUUUCUAAGCAGGUAAAAGAAAAAUAUUGGCAAUUUAACAGUUAGCUUUGUAUGGGACACCAUAUGCAUUAAUCCUAUUAUGAGUUAAUCGGAUAAUGUGAGGCAGUUUGUGCAGGCACUGGGGGUGAGAGGAGGCUCAGGGGAAAUAGUCUGUUUGUUUUUAUUCCGGAUUAUUCCGGUUUGGGUGGUUGUGUUUUUUACUUGCUCUCCGUGGCUUUACCUUCAGAGUGAAGAUUAAUGCCGGCCUGGAGAUUCAGCUUGAUAGGCACACGAUGGGCGGGUCUGUUCUGAAGCGGCAUAGAGUUUUUGCAUGCUUUUUUCCGUCUCACUUCCUGAGUGCCGGAAGGGUGACGUAAUGCUCUGCAUUUUAGUGAUAGCAGUCUCAGGAUACCGGUGGGAGCAGCUCUGGAUUGAGUCCGGACCAGCAGGACAGUUAGGCACCUCAGCAGAGCUAGCUGAGGUUUAGAGGCUGUCUGGAGUGCUCUAAAACCGCUGUUUUUGCAUUGGGAAAUAAAACGUUUUUAAAAUUUUAAAGGGAAAGUAAUGUUUUUGUGACAAUCUCAAAAUUAAAUAAAAUUAUUUUAUUUUUUAUUUGUUCAAUUAUUGGGUAAAUAUGGACCAAGAGGCCCUGAAAAAUGUUACUUGUACUUUGUGUUUUGAUGCUAAUGUGGAGCCACCAAUCCCUUUUUGUUCCUCAUGUAUUGAGACAACAUAGACUUUUUGAUUCUAAGCCAUCAUUGUCUAAGGCGGAUGCUGUUCAGGGGUCUCCUGUUCAAGAUAUGCCGCAGCUUUCUCCUCAAGUGUCCAAAACUUUGUCUACACAUGUAGUGCCCUGCGCGUCGUCACACACUCCGGUUGGAGUUACGUUGCAAGACAUUGCUACCGACAUAUCUUCUGCAGUAACUGAUGCGCUGUCUGCUUUUCCCAUGCUGCAGGGAAAGCGCAAGAGGAAAUCUAAGGAAUCGGUAAGUAAGGUUUCUGACGGUCAUGGCUAUUCCAAAUGUUUCUUUCCAGAAGUCUGAGGAGGAAGAUACUUUGGUGGCAUCUGAGGGUGAAAUCUCAGACUCAGACAGUGUAAUUCCUUCUUCUGAUACUAAAGUUGUAUCAUUCAGAUUUAAGUUGGAAGAUCUGUUUGUUACUUAAGGAGGUUUUAGCUACCUUUGACGACUCUGACACUACUGUCGUAGUCAAUCCUAAGAAGUCUAGUAAGCUAAACAAGUACUUUGAUAUACCUUCCAUGGUGGAGGUUUUCCCUGUACCAGAUCAGGCUACAGAGAUUUCUAGGGAAUGGGAGAUACAUGGUAUCCCUUUUUCUCCAUCCCCAAUUUUUAAGAAGAUGUUUCAAAUUGCUGACUCUAUGAAGGAGUUUUGGCAGACGGUCCCCAGGGUGGAAGGGGCAAUUUCCACUUUAGCUAAGAGAACCACUAUUCCCAUAGAGGAUAGCUGCUCCUUUGAGAAUCCUAAAGAUAAGAAGUUGGAGGGGUUACUUAAAAAGAUGUAUGUACACCAGGGUUUAUAAUGGCAACCUGCGGUGUGUAUUGCUACCGUCACCAGUGCGGCGGCAUACUGGUUUGAUGUGUUGUCUGAUUCUAUUCAGACAUAUCCUCCCCUUGAAGAGAUCCAGGAUAGGAUCAAGGCCCUUAAGUUGGCCAAUUCCUUUAUUACGGAUGAUUCCCUACAGGUUAUUAAGCUGGGAGCAAAGAUUUUUGGUUUUGCCGUUCUGGACUGCAGAGCCUUAUGGUUGAAGUCCUGGUCUGCGGAUUUAACGUCUAAGUCUAAGCUUUUGGCGAUUCCAUACAAGGGUAAGACCGUGUUUGUGCUGGGCUUGGCUGAAAUUAUUUCCGACAUUAUGGGAGGAAAGGGUCAUUUCCUCCCUCAGGAUAAGAGGAAUAAGCAGAAGGGACAUCAGAGUAAUUUCCGUUCCAAACUUCAAAGGUAAGCCUUCCUCUCCCUCUGCCAAGCAAGAACAGUCCAAGCCUUCCUGGAGGACCAACCAGUCUUGGAACAAGGGGAAGCAAUCUAAAAAUCCUGUUAAUGACUCGGUCAGCAUAAAGGGUCUGCCCCCGAUCCGGGAUCGAAUAUUGUGGGGGGGCAGAUUUUCCUUCGCUCAGGCCUGGGUUCUGGUUGUUCCCGGAUCCCUGGGCGGUGGACAUCGUGUUCCAGGGGUACAAACAAGAGUUCAAGACCUUUCCUCCCAGGGGCAGGUUUCUGCUCUCAAGAUUAUCUGUAGACCAGAUAAAGAGGCUGUCUUACACUGUCUGGGACCUUUCCGACCGGAGAGUUAUAGUUCCUGUUCCAAUGUAGGAACAAGGUCUGGGAUUUUACUCCAAUCUGUGGUUCUCAAAAAAAGAGGGAACUUUCAGACCAACUCAACCUAGACCUCAAAAGUCUUAACAAGUACCUCAGAGUACCGUCCUUCAAGAUGGAAACUAUUCGUUCUGUUCUUCCCUUUGUUCAAGAUGGUCAAUUCAUGAGAACAGUAGAUUUAAAGGAUGCGUACCUGCAUGUUCCCAUCCACAGGGAUCAUCACAAGUUUCUGAGGUUUGCAUUUCUAGACAAACACUUCCAGUUUGUGGCUCUUCCAUUCGGCCUUGCCACCGCUCCCAGAAUUUUUUCAAAAGUCCUAGGAUCCUUGUUGGCGGUGCUCCGGUUGCGGGGCAUUGCAGUGGCACCUUAUCUGGAUGACAUUCUGGUUCAGGCACCAUCCUUUCAACAAGUGAACUCCCACACAGAGAUGUUAUCCUUUCUGCGUUCUCACGGAUGGAAGGUGAACUUGGGAAAGAGUUCCUUGAUUUCAGCUACAAUGGUAGUGUUCUUGGGAACCAUAAUAGAUUCCUUAUCAAUGAAAAUAUUUCUAACAGAGGUCAGACAGAUUUUUUUUACUCUUGUCUGGCCCUUCAGUCCUCUCUUCGGCCAUCAGUGGCUCAAUGUAUGGAGGUGAUCGGUCUGAUGGUAGCUGCCAUAGACAUCCUUCCGUUUGCCCGGUUCCAUCUCAGACCUCUGCAGUUAUGCAUGCUCAGGCAAUGGAACGGGGAUUAUGCGUAUCUCUCUCUGCGAUUACAUCUGAAUCAGGCGACGAGAUUCUCUUCCUUGGUGGUUGUCUCAGGAACAUCUCUCCCAGGGAACCUGCUUCCGCAGACCCACCUGGGUGAUUGUGACAACGGACGCCAGCCUUCUGGGAUGGGGAGCAGUCUGGGGCUCACUAAAGGCUCAGGGGAUAUAGACUCGGGAGGAGUCUGUUCUCCCCAUAAACAUCCUAGAGCUGAGGGCAAUCUUCAAUGUUCUUCUGGCCUGUCCUCAGUUAGCUUCAGCCCGGUUUAUCAGGUUCCAGUCGGACAACAUAACUUCGGUGGCUUACAUCAACCAUCAGGGAGGAACUCAGAGUUCCUUGGCCAUGACAAAGGUAGCCAAGAUUUUUCAGUGGGCAGAGACCCACAACUGCUGUCUAUCUGCGAUCCACAUUCCAGGAGUGGAAAAUUGGGAAGCAGAUUUUCUGAGCAGACCUUUCACCCGGGGGAGUGGGAACUUCAUCCGGAGGUGUUUUCCAAUUUGAUUCUCAAAUGGGAACAGCUGGAGCUGGAUCUCAUGGCAUCUCGACAGAAUGCCAAGCUCCUGAGGUAUGGGUCGAGGUCAAGGAUCCUCAGGCUGUACUGAUGCUCUGGCAGUUUCUUGGAAUUUCAGUCUAGCAUACCUAUUUCCUCCGUUUUCUCUCCUUCCACAGGUUAUUGCUCGAAUCAAACAGGAGAAGGCGUCUGAUCCUCAUUGCACCGGCGUGGCCUUGCAGGAUCUGGUAUGCAGACCUAGUGGAGAUGUCUUCUCUUCCACCUUGGAGACUUCCACUGAGGAAGGACCUUCUACUUCAAGGGCCUUUCCUUCAUCCAAAUCUAGUUUCUCUGAUGCUGACUGCUUGGAGAUUGAGCGUUUAAUUCUAUCUAAGCGCGGGUUUUCGGAGGUGGUUAUUGAGACCUUGGUUCAGGCUUGUAAGCCUGUAACUAGAAAGAUUUACCAUAAGAUGGCGUAAAUAUCUGUGUUGGUGUGACUCCAGAAGCUACUCUAGGAGUAGAGUUUUGAUUCCUAAAAUGUUGUCCUUUCUCCAAGAAGGUCUGCAAGUACUUUGAAGGGUUAAAUAUCUGCCUUGUCUAGUUUGUUGCAUAAACGUCUGGCGGAUGUGCAAUCUUUGUCAGGCCUUGGUCAGAAUCAGGCUUGUGUUCAAACCUGUUACUCCUCCCUGGAGUCUUAUCCUUGUUCUUAAAGUUCUUCAGCAGGCUCCAUUUGAGCCUAUGCAUUCAUUAGAUAUUAAGAUGUUAUCUUGGAAAGUUUUGUUUCUUGUUGCAAUUUCUUCUGCUCAUAGAGUCUUGGCUUUCAACGUCGCAGUGUGAAUCACCAUUACCUUAUUUUUCAUUCAGAUUAGGUAGUUUUGCGUACUAAUUUAGGGUUCCUCCCUAACGUGGUUUCGAAUAGGAACAUUAAGAAAUCGUUCCUCCUUUUGUUUCCUAACCCUUCUCAUAAAGAGCGUCUGCUGCACAACCUAGAUGUGGUGCAUGCGUUGAAAUUCUAUUUACAGGCGUCUAAGGAUUUCCGCCAGUCUUCUGCUUUGUUAGUUACGUCUACUUCUCUUUCUUUGUGGCUAAAGAGUAUAAUUUGUUUGGCCUAUGAAACUGCUGGACAGCAGCCUCCUGAGAGAGUCACGACUCAUUCCACGAGGGCUGUUUCCUCUUCCUGGGCAUUCAAAAAUGAAGCUUCUGUGGAACAGAUUUGCAAGGCUGCAACUUGGUCCUCUCUGCACACUUUUUCAAAAUUCUAUAAAUUUGAUACUUUUGCCUCGGAUGAGGCUUCUUUUGGGAGAAAGGUUCUUCAAGCAGUGGUGCCUUCUGUUUAGGUUCCCUGUCUUGUCCCUCCCUUAUAUGUGUCCUCUAGCUUGGGUAUUGAUUCCCAAUAGUAUUGAAAUGAUCCGUGGACUCACCGUGUCAUUAGAAAGAAAACUAAUUCUAUACUUACCUGAUAAAUGUAUUUAUUUCUUGACAUGGUGAGUUCAUGGCCCACCCUGUUUAUUUAGACAGGUUUUUGUGUUGUAAACCUCAGGCACCUCUGCACCUUGUGUUACUUCUCUUUUUUUCCUUUGGUCGAAUGACUGGGGUUGGAGGGAAGGGAGGUGAUACUUAACAGCUUUGCUGUGGUGCUCUUUACCUCCUCUUGCUGGCCAGAGUGAUAUUCCCAAUAGUAAUUAGAGAUGAUCCGUAGACUCACCGUGUCGAGAAAUAAAUUUAUCAGGUAAGCAUAAAUUUCGUUUUUUUAUGCAAAUACUACAAUUUCAAUUAUGAUAUGCUAGAUGUUGCUCAUUACCAUUUCUGUUUAUCAUGUGCUGAAGCAGAUUGCAUUUGCCAUUACUUUUUCUAUUCUCUUCAUACCAUGUUGUGUGUUUUAUGGACUGUUACAAAAACAAAGUUGCAUUAAUGCAUAAGAUUUUUUUUAUUUAAAAUGUACUGUAUGUAUUACAAUCUUUCUUGUAAUUUUUGUUCUGUACAGCUGUAGGACCUGUACUUUGAGUUCCAACUGCAAAUGAAAACCAGUUCCUUGUAUUAAAUAAGAGCAUUAAACAAAA